AUGGCCGACGGUCUCCAAAUGGGCAACCUGUCCAUCAACGACUCUCAGCACGCUGGCCCGCCCGCUCCCACUGGCCGGUCUGCCUACAUCCCCCCUCACCUCCGCCAGCGCGGCAUGAACGCUGCUCCCAGCAUGGACGCUGCUCCUCCCCCAGGCCCUGGCUUCGGUGGUCCCAGGAACGCCCCUCGUGGUAACUGGGCCAAUGCCAACGACUUCAGCCCCCGCGGUCCCCCCAAUGGUAACCUAAACUGGAACUCUGACGGUCAACGCCGGCCCUUCGAUCCCUAUGCUUACGGACACCCAGGUCACGGAGGUUCUUACGGUGGCGGUCACGGCGGCGGCGGUUCUGCCCGCGGCUCCGGAGAUGGACAGUGGCGCGAUGGCAAACACGUCCCCGGCCCUGCCAACGCUCGUCUGGAGCGUGAGCUUUUUGGCGUUCCCAACGACCCCACGAAGCAGCAGACCGGUAUCAACUUCGCCAACUACGAUGACAUCCCCGUCGAGGCGAGCGGUAACGACGUCCCGGAACCCGUCAACACCUUCGAAAACCCCCCGCUCGACGAUCACCUUCUCUCAAACAUCAAGUUGGCUAGCUAUCUGACCCCGACCCCGGUUCAGAAGUACUCUAUUCCCAUUGUCAUGAACGGUCGCGACUUGAUGGCCUGUGCCCAGACCGGUUCGGGUAAGACUGGUGGUUUCCUCUUCCCCAUCCUGUCUCAGGCGUUCCAGAACGGCCCGUCUGCAGCUCCUGCCCAGGCUGCUGGCCAGUUCAGCUACGGCCGUCAGCGCAAGGCUUACCCCACCUCUCUCAUUCUUGCUCCCACCCGUGAGCUGGUCUCUCAGAUCUUCGACGAGGCCCGCAAGUUCGCCUACCGCUCGUGGGUGCGCCCCUGCGUGGUGUACGGUGGUGCGGACAUCGGCUCCCAGCUGCGCCAGAUCGAGCGUGGCUGUGACCUUCUGGUUGCCACCCCCGGUCGUCUGGUCGAUCUGAUUGAGCGUGGUCGUAUCUCGCUGAUGAACAUCAAGUACCUGGUUCUUGAUGAGGCUGACCGCAUGUUGGACAUGGGUUUCGAGCCGCAGAUCCGCCGCAUUGUGGAGGGCGAGGACAUGCCCGCCGUGGACCAACGUCAGACCCUCAUGUUUUCGGCCACCUUCCCCCGCGACAUCCAGAUGCUUGCCCGUGACUUCCUGAAGGACUACGUCUUCCUGUCGGUUGGUCGUGUUGGUUCCACCUCGGAGAACAUCACUCAGAAGGUGGAGUACGUCGAGGACAACGACAAGCGCUCGGUGCUGUUGGAUAUCCUGCACACCCACGGCAGCACCGGUCUGACUCUGAUUUUCGUCGAGACCAAGCGCAUGGCCGACUCCCUGUCGGACUUCCUCAUCAACCAGCGCUUCCCCGCUACUGCCAUUCACGGUGACCGCACCCAACGCGAGCGUGAACGUGCUCUGGAGUUCUUCCGCAACGGCCGCUGCCCCAUCCUGGUGGCCACUGCUGUUGCUGCCCGUGGUCUGGAUAUCCCCAACGUGACCCACGUCAUCAACUACGACCUGCCCACCGACAUCGAUGACUACGUCCACCGGAUCGGUCGUACCGGCCGUGCUGGUAACACUGGUAUCGCUACCGCCUUCUUCAACCGCGGCAACCGUGGUGUCGUUCGUGACCUGAUCGACCUCCUGAAGGAGGCUCAUCAGGAAGUCCCCUCCUUCUUGGAGAGCAUUGCCCGCGAGGGCAGUGGCUUCGGUGGUCGCGGCGGUGGUCGUGGCCGUGGCCGUGGUUCUUCCAAUGCUACCCGUGACGUUCGUCGCUUCGGCGGCGGCAUGGGUGGUGGCCCGCCCUCUUCCUUCGGUGGCAUGGGCGGUGGUGGUGCCGGCUACGGUGCUCCUCCCUCGUAUGGUGGCUACGGCGGCGGUGCUCCCUCGUACGGCGGCGGCUACGGCGGCGGCGGUGGCUACGGCAACCCGUCCGGCCCUACUGGCCCAUCCUCCUGGUGGUAA